AGGCGCCGGGAGAGCCGGCCGGCGCGCGGCGCGAGUAGGGACCUUCCUGGCAAGUAUGGCGUCGGGCACGCCACGCGGCCUGGCAGUGGCCGGCGGAGGCGAGAGUAGCGACAGCGAGGAUGACGGCUGGGAGAUCGGGUAUCUCGACCGGGUAUCUCAGAAAUUAAAAAGGCCGUUACCUGUUGAAGAAAAGAAUGAAACAUUUAAGAAAGCAUUGACCACAGGAGAUAUUUCAUUGGUCCAGGAGCUCCUAGAUUCUGGAAUUAGUGUAGAUUCCAGCUUUCGGUAUGGAUGGACUCCCCUUAUGUAUGCUGCUAGCAUUGCCAAUGUAGAUCUGGUUCGGGUCCUUUUGGACAGAGGUGCUAAUGCAAGCUUUGAUAAGGGUAAGAUGUUUGAGUUGUUAAUGGCAGCAUUAACACAAAUGUUUCUUUUCUUCCUCCUCCUUAGGAGACUUAUGACUCCAAUCAUGUAUGCUGCACGAGAUGGUCACCCUCAGGUUGUUGCUCUCCUUGUUGCUCAUGGAGCAGAAGUUAAUACCCAGGAUGAGAAUGGUUAUACUGCUUUAACAUGGGCAGCACGUCAGGGUCAUAAAAAUGUAGUUUUGAAGUUGCUUGAACUUGGAGCUAAUAAAAUGCUACAAACCAAAGAUGGAAAGAUACCAAGUGAGAUUGCAAAAAGAAAUAAACAUCUUGAGAUCUUCAAUUUUCUUUCUUUGACUUUAAAUCCAUUGGAAGGAAAUCUUAAACAGCCAACUAAAGAAGAGACCAUUUGUAAACUAUUGACAACAGAUUCUGAUAAAGAAAAGGAUCACAUAUUUAGAAAGUUGGAAUUUGAAAAGGAUAUAACCUUAAGACACCUCUUGACCAUGAGGAAAGAUGAAUUUACAAAGAAUGGAAUUACCAGUAAAGAUCAGCAGAAAAUUCUGUCUGCUCUUAAAGAACUAGAGGUAGAAGAAAUAAAAUUUGGAGAGUUACCUGAAGUGGCAAAGUUGGAAAUCAGUGGUGAUGAGUUCCUCAACUUUCUUCUGAAAUUAAACAAACAGUGUGGCCAUUUAAUAACUGCUGUACAGAAUAUCAUUACUGAGUUACCUGUAAAUUCUCACAAGAUCGUACUGGAAUGGGCUUCUCCCCGGAAUUUUACUUCAGUUUGUGAAGAACUCGUCAGUAAUGUUGAAGAUUUAAGUGAAGAGGUCCGCAAACUAAAAGACUUAAUUCGGAAGUUGCAAAAUGAACGGGAAAAUGAUCCAACUCAUAUACCAUUAAUGGAAGAAGUAUCUACGUGGAAUAGCAGAAUUUUGAAGAGGACAGCUAUUGCAGUAUGUGGAUUUGGGUUUCUUCUUUUCAUCUGCAAGCUAACUGUCCAGAGAAAAUACCCUAAUACUUGUUUUUGA